GUGGGGUUCCUGCCAAGAAGCUUGGUCCCAUCAAUGCUUGGUGGAUCACUGGUUUUGAUGGUGGGGAGAAAGCUUUAAUUGGCUUUACCACAGCCUUUGCUGACUACAUCCUAAUGGACCCCAGUGAGGAGUACUCUCUCAUUUUUGCUCUGAUGCAGGAGAAGAUCUACAUGAGCAAGAUUGUGGUUGAAUUUCUCCAGAAGAAUCAAGAUGCCACAUAUGAGGAUCUACUGAACAAAAUUGAGACUACUGUUCCACCUGCUGGGCUUAACUUCAACCGCUUCACCGAGGACACACUUCUGCGCCAUGCCCAGUUUGUGGUGGAGCAGAUGGAGAGCUAUGAUGAGGCUGGAGACUCGGACGAGCAGCCAAUCAUCAUCACUCCCUGUAUGAGAGACUUGAUCAAGCUG